CCGAACCGGUAAUGGAGAAAACACCAGAUCAAACAAUCCCAUAGCCAUUACUACUACUCCAUUGUACAAAAGUCCCUGAGCCCUAAAAUGUGUCGCAGCUCUAUUCUCUCUCAUAAAGUUACCUUUUUGAAUUUAGAUAAACCCUAACCCUAAUUUUAUCUCGCGAGGAGUUUGAAAUUUGGGAAUUCGGAAUGGAGACGCACUUCAAUCAUAACCUGUUCGACAGACGCCCCAUAACCAAGUCCAGAGCCCCUGCUGUUAAAUGGGUUAAGGAAUGGGUACCACAGGAAGUCAUUGCAACUGGUGCAAAGUGCUUUGUUUUGAAAUGGGUAAACGAGGCCACAUUAAAAGCCGUGAAAGAGAAAACGAAAGAACCACAAAUGGUGGAACCUGAGCCCGAGCCAACAACAGAAGUACUCUUCCUUUGUAGUUACGAAGGUUGUGGAAAGACAUUCAUUGAUGCAGGUGCUUUGAGGAAGCAUUCCCACAUUCAUGGAGAGAGGCAAUAUAUUUGCCAUUACGAGAAUUGUGGAAAGAAAUUUUUGGAUAGUUCGAAACUAAAGAGGCAUUUUUUAAUUCAUACCGGAGAGCGAGACUUUGUGUGUCCACAUGAAGGCUGUGGUAAGGCGUUUUCUCUAGAUUUCAAUUUAAGGUCGCACAUGAAAACUCAUUCUCAAGAGAAUUAUCACGUCUGCCCGUAUUCCGAAUGUGGAAAACGAUACGCCCAUGAGUACAAGCUCAAGAAUCACAUUUCAUCUCAUCACGAAAAGAGUAUGAUGGACGCUGCUGCACCCAAGUAUACCCCACCUGCUCCAGAAAAACCCGUAAAAACUCCAAAAUCUUCCACCGGGCCUUCGGGCCCCGCAUCAUCUGAAAGGCCAUAUGGAUGUCCAUACGAAGGCUGUGAGAAAGCAUACAUCCAUGAAUACAAGCUCAACCUCCAUCUAAGGCGAGAGCACCCUGGCCAUUUUCCCGACGAAAAUGCCAAAAACACCCAAAUUAAUAAUAACGUUAAUAUUAGCAACAACAAUAAUAAUAAUAAUAAUGAAAACGAGAUGAUGGAUGAAGGGAGCGAUUUGGAUGCGUACGCUGGAAAACGAAGAGCUCAGAAGCAGAGCAGACCGAAGCCUAAUUUAAAGAUGCCACCUUCGAAAGUGGUCCCGCAUCGAAAAAACAACUCCAGCGCUCCGACAGCGAAUUUGAGUGUGGUGAAAAAGCCUUGGCCCGUGAAAGAGGAAGUUUAUGAAGACGAAGAUAGUGAAGAAACGGAAGAGGAAAGGGAUAACAAUAUUAAUAAUAAUAAUAAUACGGGAGAUGGUUGGAGGUAUGGUGAGAAUAAUAACGAGGACGAUGAUGAAGAGACUGAAUAUGAAGAUUAGUUUGAGGUUCUAUAUUUUUGUGUCUGCAUUUGUGCAGGAACUUCCUUUUGUAGGUGAAGAGAUAUACUUUUUUUUAAAUAUUUUUUUUUUAUGAUGCACAUGUGUACGAUAAAGAUGAAUAAGUGUUGGAAAUAUUAACUGCUAGGCAUUAUGAAUGUUGAUUUGUCUAGAUUGUGCUGAUUUUUUCUCUGGUAA